CUGGGUCCUCGUCACUCCCGUGCUGUGAGCCUUCGUGGCAGGUCCUGGCCGCGCGUUUUCCUCCGAUUUCGGCCGCCUUCAGUCGCUUUCAGUGGCGUUCUGGUCGCGCUGCUCUUUGGUCCGCCAAUUACCAAAAAUCGAGGCAUUUUUGUGAAUGAAUUUCGCGAGCGAACUAAGCGAGUGAAUGAAUGAACAAGGUGUCGAACGCGUUUACGGAGUGAUUAAAUUAAAAAGUGAAAAAUAAAAUUACUUCAAUACAAUAAAAUGUGAAAUUCAAUUUGGACCGCAACGUCAGUGAAGAGCCACAACAGCCGUCCAGGCGACAGCAAAAUAUAAGAAAUAAAAAAUAGAGCCCCGGAAAAUUCGAAGGACAUUCGCGCGGAGAAAUUGUGGCUUCGAUACAGAGGAUACAGAGGAGGCGGCAGGAGGAACUGCAUCCGUCGCUUGGCAGCCCGGCGGCGAGUCCUGGCCAAGGACAUGAAAAUGCGCUUCAUUAAUUUGGCUGGCAGCCGCGGACUGUCUGAGGGAAAUCAGCCGAAGCUGCAGCUGGAGGAACAGGACCAGGAACUGCCGGGGAAAUUGGAACAGGAACAGGAACAGUCAGCUGCAGCGACACAGCACUGAGCACUGAGCACUGAGUUGCAAUGGUGGAGGACAAUGGGUCGUCGGAAGCGGAAGGAGGCGCAGUCGCCCCCCUUUUGGCCCUCCUCCGGAUGGAGGGGCUCAAUCAGACCCAGAUCCGCUCACCCACGUCGCCUCAGCUCUUUGGCAGCUACAACAUCUCCGAGGACGUCUACCUCUACUUCAAUGGCCUGCCCACGAGCACGGAGGUCGUCCUGAAUGCCACCACCUUGAGCACACCGUCGAGUGUGGGGACAAGUGGUGGCACCACCACGCCGGAACCCGAUCUCUCCGAGUUCCUGGAGGCCCUGCCCAACGAUCGUGUGGGUCUGCUGGCCUUCCUCUUCCUGUUCUCCUUCGCCACCGUCUUUGGCAACUCCCUGGUCAUCUUGGCCGUCAUCCGGGAGCGAUACUUGCACACGGCCACCAACUAUUUCAUCACCAGCUUGGCAGUGGCCGACUGCCUGGUGGGUCUCGUGGUGAUGCCCUUCUCAGCGCUCUAUGAGGUCCUGGAGAACACCUGGUUCUUUGGCACGGAUUGGUGCGAUAUCUGGCGAUCCCUGGAUGUGCUUUUCAGCACCGCCUCCAUACUGAAUCUCUGCGUGAUCUCGCUGGAUCGUUACUGGGCCAUAACGGAUCCCUUUAGCUAUCCCAUGAGGAUGACGGUUAAGAGGGCCGCCGGUCUGAUAGCCGCCGUGUGGAUCUGCUCCAGUGCCAUCAGUUUUCCGGCCAUCGUUUGGUGGCGGGCGGCGAGGGAUGGCGAAAUGCCGGCCUAUAAGUGCACCUUCACCGAGCACUUGGGUUACCUGGUCUUCUCCUCAACGAUAUCCUUCUACCUGCCGCUGCUGGUGAUGGUCUUUACCUAUUGUAGGAUUUACAGGGCGGCUGUCAUACAAACGAGGUCCUUGAAGAUUGGGACCAAACAGGUGCUGAUGGCCUCUGGGGAACUGCAGCUCACAUUGCGUAUACAUCGUGGUGGCACCACCAGGGAUCAAGCGAAUCAGGUUUCUGGAGGAGGAGGAGGUGGUGGUGGUGGAAGCGGUGGUGGUGGAGGAUCCAUGAGCCACUCGCACUCCCAUUCGCACCACCAUCAUCACAAUCAUGGAGGUGGAACCACGACCUCCACGCCCGAGGAACCCGAUGAUGAGCCCCUAUCCGCUCUGCACAACAAUGGAUUGGCCCGCCAUCGACACAUGGGCAAGAACUUCUCGCUGUCCAGGAAACUGGCCAAGUUCGCCAAGGAGAAGAAGGCGGCCAAGACGCUGGGCAUCGUGAUGGGCGUGUUCAUCAUCUGCUGGCUGCCCUUCUUCGUGGUCAACCUGCUGUCCGGGUUCUGCGUCGAGUGCAUCGAGCACGAGGAGAUCGUCUCGGCAAUCGUCACCUGGCUCGGUUGGAUCAACUCCUGCAUGAAUCCUGUGAUCUACGCCUGCUGGAGCAGGGACUUCCGCAGGGCCUUUGUGCGACUGCUGUGCAUGUGCUGUCCUCGGAAGAUUCGCCGCAAGUACCAGCCCACGAUGCGUUCAAAGUCGCAGUGCCACGUGGCCGCUGCAAUGGUGGCCGCCUCCACCUCCUUCGGCUACCACUCGGUGAACCAGAUCGACAGGACUCUCAUGUGACGACAGCUGAGCAGUUGCAGCACCUGCAGCGGUGGCAGCAACUGCGGCGGAUCCCGGUCCGCCCACCACCAGCACCACUCCUCCGGCACCGCCACGCCCUCGUCCUCGCAGCGAUCCUGCACCAGAUGCCAGAGCUUCCAUCGCCACCACCAUCGCUCCCGGCGCCGCAGCUCGGGGAUGCAGUUGCGCGGCGACUACAACUCCACCACGGCGGUCAAUAGUGCGCUGGCCAAGACAAUAGUGACGAUCAGUGCUCCUCCGGUGGCGGCUGCCUCGGCCAGUUCGCUGCAUUUGGGAGCCGGAGGACGACCCACAUCGGUGUCCACCCUGACAAUCGCCUCGGUGCCACCCACAUUGAGUGGGGCAGGUGGGUCGGUGAGUGGGGCUACUUCUCCCCUGGCCCCCAGCCUGAAGGCCUUGACCCCGGGACCCUCGAACUCAUCGGGUCACCAUGUGUCCUUCAUGCCCAUGACGGGCAUGAAACGUUUGCGCAGCUCCAAUGCCUCCCUGGGCUCGCCAAAUGGCAUCAUUAGCACCGUUGGCGGAGCGGACACCACCUCGGCCCCAUCGCUCAUCGAUGCCGGCGAGGAUCAGGUGCAGAUGAGGACGAAUCACCACAGGAUCCUGGAGCAGUGCCACAGUGUCCAGAGCCAGAUAACCACCUUGGGCGACGUGGAGGACGACGAGGAGGUGAGCGACAGCGAGAGCGAGAGCAUCGGACUCGCCCUGGUGGAGACCACGCCCCAGCUGGAGAGCCAGCCGGUGGAGGUGUCCAGUUCCUCCAGCUCCUCGGUCAAGUAAACUCAGCCCCAGAAACGCAGAUACAAAUCCCAGACAUUAGUGUUAAGAUUCAAACAUAUAGGUGUGUUUAUCAGGAAAAGUCGAUAGAAAAUACUGGGAAAGGAAAAAGUUUUGGACCCUUCUAAGCCAUUUUUGCUGUAUAUUCAAUCAUUUCUUAAGGUUUCAUUAAGGAUCCAGAACCAAGCUAAGAUCAUUUUUGUACUAUACUAAGAAAAAUAUCAUUUAAAAUACUCAUAAUACUACUUGUUAUUAAAUUAUAUACUUUAUCUUUAUUGCUAGAUUGUUAAAAUAAGCUGUUAAAAAUGUAAAAAUAAUAUUUUUUUGGACCUACCUAUACAAUUAACUAUUAAUUAUUUUGUUAAAUUAUAAAAUCUAAUAUUAUCGCUUUACCAAUAUUAAGUUUCACUCGAAAUGGCUUAGGAGUGUCCAUUAUUUUGCCUCCCUGUAAAUCGACCCAUCCGAAGUGUGUACAUAGCAAUCUAGUCUCGCCUAGUCACUCAUUAGCUUAUUGAUCGGUGAUAGAACACUAUGCAACAAGGAACCCCUUCUUUAUCGCCCCCUAAUUAGUACUGGGUUUCAGUUUCAGCCGGAGGCGGUGGUUGCAUAGUGGGAAUUAGUGUUACUGUUAGCUGUCAUAUCUUAGAUCUUCCAUUAUGUAGAUGUAUUCCGCUCUGUAAAUGUCUCAAACGUCUAGCAAUUGAAUUGAAAGCUACGUCUUCAACCUGUCCAAGUACCUGACUAUCUCUCUCGAACCCAAUAAAUUUGCGAAACUGUAUAUAGCUUAUCUUUGACUACUCCUAUCUCGCUCAAACUAGCUUUCUGUUACUCGAUACUUGUUUGUUAUUAACUGAAAUUAACUCUACGGGUGCAAUAUGAAUUUAUACCAACUAAACAUAGCCUCAGUAAGGACUCGAACAAUCAGGCAAACAGGCUUCAAAACCAGUUCGUAGUAGAUUCAAGUACAAAAUCACUGAAGGAGCACUGGCAAAUUGUUUAGAUAAUUACCCUUGGCCCAUUCUUCAUUGCGUUCUUUGAACUUUAUAGCAAUACACAUAGAGUGAAUGUUAAAUGUGCUUCACACACAGCCAAAACUUGCAGAAUUGAUUGUGGCAGCUUAAUGAAUUAAUCCUUCAAAGGGUUUCGACCCAUUCUGUAAUAUUACAUGUAUGCUUACGAUGGCUAAGCUCAUCCGAUUCCGAUUUUGCAAUAAUUAAUGUGUGCAAUUAGAAUUGAUUUUCCCCGCCCACAAGGUCCUGAAAAGCAGGAAAUAAAUUGAGGACACGAAUGAGAUUUUGGGUGGAGCAAAAACUGUUGAGAAAAACUAAUAACAAUGGCGAGACGUCAGUUUAGUGGAUGAGUAGGAACAAAUCAUGGGGCGUCCUGUGGGGAGAACGGAAAAAUGUUGCUCAUUGUUUUCAAAACAAACAAAGCGAAAUGGAAAAUGAUGGAAAGGCAAGUCGAGAUGGAAAACAAAGGCAGCGGGAAAAGCAAACAAAUGGCAAUUAUUAAUAUUGAAUAUGGUAGCGCAUAAGUGACAUACAUAGCUCAUAGAGUCCUCGUUGUGUCUGUGUAUCGGUGUGCAUGCAUGUCUAGUCCUAAGUGUACAUGUAAAUGCAUUAUCCUUAAGCAUUAUAUUUAAGCUCCCGAGCAGGAUUGGCAAGAAAGCAAAAAUAAGCAAAAGAACAAGAACCGAAAGACAAACUCAAUUGAUUGCCACGCAUCUUAGGCUAAGCUGCAAACGGCAAAACUUAGAUUUAUAUAUUGAGUGUACUAUACUGUAACUGUAACUACCAUAUACAACUACGCAAGGAGAUUAAAA